GUUUUUUUUUGAUACAGUCUAUAGUGGAUGCGGUACUAAAGAAUCAAAUUUUGAAAUGAAAAAUCAGUUGUUUAGCUUGUCGUGUUUUAAUCCAACAUUCUGUUGAAAACGACUAGUGUAACACAAUACACACCGUUUUAUCGUUUCAAAGAGUACAGAGCACAUAUCCCAGUAUUAUCUUCAUUCAGCAUCGAAAAAGUUGCGUAAACUUUCGUGUUUAAAAAAAAAGGUGUCAAACGUAAAUAAAUUUUUUCGGCAAUUUUCCAUCGAGGGAAAAAGAGAUCGAUCGAAAAAUUCAAUAUAUUUGAUAUUUGUUUUGUGCAAUUGACGUGGUAACGAUAAAUAAAUAGUGCAAAUCCAAAAAUGAAUGCUGGCAGAGCUUACGGUGGUGGAAAAGCAGGAGCAUCAUUUGAUCCGAUCACAUUUGUACAAAGACCACAAGUUAUCCUUCGUGGAUGUUGCUGGUUGUUCUCGAUAAUUGUAUUUGGUUGCAUAUCAUCGCAAGGUUGGCGCGUUGAUGAAACCACAAAGAAAGACAUUUGUUUGUAUAACAACAAUCCGACUGCAUGCAAUUAUGGUGUUACGGUCGGUGUGAUUGGAUUCUUGGCAUCCAUGGGUUUCAUUGCUGGUGAAUACUUCUUCGAGCAAAUGUCAUCGGUGAAGACAAGGAAACACUAUGUACUGGGCGAUCUUGGAUUUUCUGCAUUAUGGGCAUUUUUGUGUCUCAUUGGCUUUAAAUACCUAUGGGGCGAAUGGUCAAAUGCGGAAGCUCCACCGAUGGGUUAUGGUGAUGGAAAUGUGAAAGCAACUAUUUUUUUCCUCUUCUUGUUGAUUGGAACAUGGGGUGGAUGUGCAUAUUUUGCAUACCAACGCUUCCAGCAAGGUGUUGAUGUGGCAUUUGCAUCGACGUAUGAUGCAUCGGAUCCAGCUGCCAAUCAAUAUUCAAGCUAUCCAAUUGGAAAUGAAACGGAUCAAUACAAUGAGCCACCGUUUGCGAAUGCUGGCCAACAACAACAAAGAGGCGGUAACGAAUAUCAAGCUCCCACCUACUAAUUACAACAUCGAUUAAAGCCAUUUUCUUUCGAUUAAAAACCAAACAACCAUUUGAAUGGAUUUUGUGACACCAUUUGAUCGAAACACUUGCAACAACAAAAUAUAUAUAUAUUAUAUAUAAAUGAAAUAAACCAAAUAUCUCAAUUUGUUAAGUGAAAUAAUGUGCUGGAGUAAAUUGAAGUUUAUUUGGUGGCCAAAUGGAACGGGUAAGACAAUAGCAUAUUUUUAAGAGUGAAAAACUACAACAAAAAUAAAAUCUAUACAUUUCUGAAUGAAAUUGAUGAACAGAUUUAAUAGCGCAAGUCAAAAAACAUCACAGUACAGAUACAAAAUAAUGAAACAACAACAAAAAUAUUUAAAGCAAAUAAAUUUAAAGCAACAAAAAAGCAUAAAUUAUUAUGGUAGAUUAUUUAAGGAAUGUAUUGAUUAAGUAACUUCCAAUGCAGCACAUAAUAACAAAAAGUGUUUUUUUUUGCUUCGAAAUGCAUUCAAACGUUUAAUUUGCAUGUGGCAUACACGAUAACCGAUACAGUAUUUCGAAACUUCAGUGAUUUUUUUUAAAUUGAUUUCUUCUGUUUGAUGCCCGAUGCGAAAUGUUUUUGUCUGCAACAUCACAAUUAAAGUUCGACCAUUGCCAUGAUCAACAAACAUUUCAAAUAUAUAUAUACAUUUCUCGGUAUGGACAUCAUUCAAAUUUAACAACGUUUUUCGCGUUAUUAAUUGCAUCCAAAGAAAUUAUUUUUAAUACAAAACUUUUACACACAAUGACAUUUUUAGUAGGAAAGUGGCAAAAAAUUGGGAAAUAAUUUUUUUUAAUUUUUGUGUGUGUAUGUGUGUCUCAAAAUAAAAUGGUAGACCGCAAAUCAGAGAUGAAUCUCGAUCGAACAUAUUUGAGAAUAAACGCGCAAAAUAGAACCAUACACAUUUAAUUGAGAGACAAAAAAAUAUAUGUAUUAUUUUCAUUUCAUUGCAAAGGAACAUAGCUGGCCAUGUAAGAACAUUUGCUGGCCUGGUACUUUAGACGUCACAACAGUGCCAUUUAUAUGGAAUUUGAAAACAAAAAUGAAAAAGAAGCAAAAAUAUAUAUAUUUAACAUUAAGAGAUAUAAUACAUACACACAUUAUUAAUAUUUAGAAUUUUGGUUUCAUUUUUGCGUUGUUUGGCCAUCAGGCCUCACAAUAAAAAAUACGCAUGCUAAUCCUAAAUGACUUUUUGAAGGAAAAACUAAUUGUAGCAAUAAUUGAAACAAAAAUAUUUAUUUAUAUUGAGCCAUAUUCGGUUGUUGGAAUUUUUGAAUUCUCGUAGUCAAAGAGAAACAAAGUGAAAGAGAAAUCAGCUAUUGUUAUUUAGUUUUAAGUUGGUCAUUUUAAACAGAAUCAUUUGUUUAUUAAUAAUCAUCGAGGAAAUGAGCUAAUACAUUUAUUUUAUUUAUUUCAUUUGCUUCUCUUCCGAACUCUCAAUGAAAACCACACACUCCUCGCUGUCCCCUCCCCUCUUCACUGAUAUAAGUAAUGCGAAUUAAUUUCCAAAUAUUUUUUAAAUGUGUGUGUGUGUGUGUGUGUUUUAUUAUUAUUUUAUAAAGAAAACAAAUUGAGAACGAAAUAAAUUAUCACCACCGUCAAAUGGCAAUAAAACUAAUAUACACCUUCGAUUUUUCUGAAUAUAUAUUGAUGCUAUAUAGCUUCCAAGAUGAAAACGAACAAAUACAAUAUUGAAAUAACCAACCCAUUGUGAUUCUCAUAUAAAUUCCAAUCAAGAAACCAAUUCCAAUUCAUCGUUUUAGCAUUCCAUCUGGAGAUUUCAUUAUUUUGGGAUGAACAUUCCUUACAUCUUUCACUUACCGACACGGAUGUGUGUGUGUGUGUGUGUAUGAUGCCGACUCUUAUUAUUUUCUUGAUUGUAUGGCAUUCUUCUCAUUCAGUGAUAAUAUCGUCAUAGUUUCAUUCAGAUUGAACAAUAAUAAAUACAAAUUUGUACAACAUGUUACAGUCAUUUCAUAAUAAGCAGUGUACUUAAAUGAAUGGUGUGAACGUAAUAUAGAAUAUUUGCAAAUAAAAAACACCAUUAUAACAAUUGAUAUGUAGAGUGAACAAAAAAAAAUACAAAAAUUCUUGUGCUGCACACGCUUUUCAUUGUUGAUCAAAAAAGAAAUAAAACCAGAAAAAAUUCUAUUCAUAGAAUGCGAGACUGCUACGAAGAUUAUUGAGAACUUGAACUACCAUUGAACACUGUGUUUUUACAUUUAUUCAGUUUCAAUGGAAACCAAUUCUAUUUAUGUUCCAGACUGUGAAAUAAAUAAUAAUUAAAUUAAUAACACAAAAAUUGUCUAGAUUCGUCUAUACUUCAUCAGCAUGUUAGUUUCAGACAGUAUUUUUGAAAACAAUAAAGAAAUUGUAAUUUAUUUAAAACAUAAUUGUUGUCUUAGGGAGUUAGUUAACGGCACCAUACAUAUUUAUGAUCAAAAAAGGAGACUAUCGCCAGAAUGAUUUAAUCAGGGAUGGUUACUCUGAGGAGGAGAAAGAAAAUGAGGAGUAGAAGAUCCUUUCCUUUAUGUGAUGGAGAAUAUGUUUUUAACCAAAAAAGAUAUUUUUAUGAUGAAAAUAGCUUUUUGACCAAAAAAAACUGUUCGUCCUUGCCGUUCUUCUUCCUCAGGGGAACAACCCUUGAAUUUAGUGCAGAUGAAUUUCGGUAAAUUUCGAUUUUUUAGCUUUUAAACAAAACUAUCGAGUCAUUUGUAUCUUUGAUGUCUAAAUUCAGCGAUUCAAGUGGCUCGUAACAGUGUCGUUUUCUAAUAAAAGACGAAAUGUGGCAAAAUUCAUUUGAAUUAAAGGAUGGAUCUCUGAAAAAAAAACUGAUAUCUAAAAAUUCACCAAAUGAAAAUGCAAUUUGUUGAAAAUGUGAAGAAGGCAAAAGAUAUCUGAAAGCAAAUUGCAUCAUGUUCUAAAUAAUAUAUCAUAUUUAAAAAAACACUAUUGGAAUCUCCACCCCCUUUUUUUAAUUUCUAUGGAUAGAUUUAGGCUUUGGAAUCUUUAUAAAUGUAUUUCCCUUGUAUGUCGAAAAAUAUUCACCCAUAUUGGUACACACAUAUUCAAUUUUAUUGGCAUUUUAAAAGGAAAAUUCCCCAUUGGAAUGCAGGCAAAGAAAAAUAACUUAUCAUUCAAUUGAAAUUGUCAUAAAAAAUACAGGUCAAAUGAUUGAACCACCGUAAAAUACAUUUUUCCCCGUCGAAAUAAAUACCGAAUUUCUUUUCUCGACGUACAUAUCAACAAAUUGCAAUACGAAUCAAAAAGAAAAGAAUGAGAAAAAUGUCAAUGUCUGUAACAUUUUCAUUUGUUAAAAAAAACUUGAAAAUUGGAAUAGAUAUACUUCCAACAUGCACUGAUUUGUUUUUAGUUAGAGUAUGUUUUGUGAAAGAAAGAAAAAGAGAAGAAGAUAUAAGUAACAAAUGUGAAACCUAGUCAAAUUAUUGUUUCAAAUACAAGGCAUGACAAUUUUCAUGUAUUUUAUUGUGUAGAGUCUUGAAGUUUAAUGAAGAAACAAAAAAAAAA